AUGGCUACAACUGAUGAACUCAACACCUCUUCAACGACAGAUUCUUCACCUGUCACAUCAACCGCUUCUAUGCUCAGCAUCAUCAAACUUCCACCAUACUGGCCUAACGAUCCAGAACUUUGGUUUUCUCGAAUUGACGCUCAAUUUACGACACGCAAUAUCACCUCACAAAAAACGAAAUACGCUUACGUUGUUGCUCGUGAUCCAUAUGACAUCCUGCGACGCGAGUUAAUCCACCGUACCUCAACAUCUGAGCAACAGCGACUUCACCAACUGCUCACAGGCGAAGAACUAGGAGAUCGGAAGCCUUCCCAACUCCUUCGCAAGAUGGAACAACUACUUGGUAGCCAGACAUUGCCCCCCUCCAUCAUGAAACAAUUAUUUGUACAACGUCUCCCUACCAAUGUUCAGGCUAUUCUGGCACCUACACAGGACACUCUUGACCUCAACAACCUUGCCAAGUUGGCCGAUAAAAUUAGAGAGGUCAACAACAUUCAACAACCCACAGCCACCCUUUCGACCGUGGCAACAGAACCUAUUAUUGACACAUCUGCCAAAUCUGGGGAGCUUCAUCAACUUCGCAAGACAGUUUCUGAUCUUGCUGCGUCAGUACAGGCUCUCAAUCUUCGUUUCCCUUCAUCGUCAGAUGUCAAUAACCGUCCACCACGCCCUCGUAAUCCGCAACCGACUGAUCCCACUCACAGAUCAUCUAAUAAUGGUUAUUGCUGGUAUCACGCCAAAUUCGGCGCCACUGCUCGCAAAUGUGUUCAACCUUGUACUUUCCACACAUCGCUACCGUCAAACUACAACGCCAGACAAUAG